CAUCGCUCUCUCACUUUGCUCCUCUCUUUAUUUUAUAUACAUUUCUUUCUCUCUUUUUAACUCCCAUCUCCUCUCUACGUUUACUUCAUAUAAGUACAUUCGUAACAGAAAAGGAUAAAACUUCAAAAUGGCUGCGUGUGUCGUGGGCCCGAACCUAAAUACUUGCCAACCGGCGGGCGAUGUGGGUGAAGCGAGUAUCAUACACCCACCGGUGGAAUGUGGACCAAAAGGUGAACUUGACUGUAGGACCAAGAGAGAGACAUUCGAAGAUUCAGUGCUGAUGACUAACACUGGAAAUGAUAUGGGUAUCUCGACCCAAGGUUACCGAAGCAACAAAUAUAACGAUAUGGAGUGGAAUAACAAUAACUACGCCAAAUAUUUUCAAUCUGCCUCUGACAGACACAACUCUGAAGUGAUCCGCAACGACUCCUCAAAUACUAUGAAUACCACAGAGGCCAUCACCAAGAAAACCCAGGAUGACAUGACCAAGAAGCUAGGAGAGAGAAUACAAGACAUUAGUUUCUGGAAGUUUGAACUUGAACGAGCUAUCCAAGACAUGCAAGAUGAGAUAGAUCUGCAAGUGACAAUGAAGAGACAACUGGAGAAUGCACUGCGUUCUGUUGAGAUACCGCUGCACAUUGCAUCAGAUAACCUGAACUGCAGGCUGCGUCGACAAGGAAUUGAUCUUGUUGAGGAUAUUGUUGAAAAAGCUUUACUUCAGGAAGUCAAGUUAAUUAACAAUGUACAGGAACUUCUGAAGAAGACAAUCGCAAAAACUGACGAACAACUCGAGAAUAACCGUCUUACAAAGCAAAAGAUGGAGAUGGAUUGGAGUGAUAAAAAGGAGGCACUACAGAUUGACAGUCGAUGUGCAAUACUGAGGAACCACCACACCAACAAGCAGUUCUUUCCUGGUUCAGCUAAUUUCCAGGAAAUACAAUCAACUCCUGAAUCUUGGGCACAGUUCACCCAUGACAACAUAAUUCUGGCUGAAAAUGAGCGAAAGUCAUCCAUUCAGUUGCGAGAAUGUGCAAAGAACAUCUUGGAGGAUACUUCCAGAGACCUGUUUGAGCAGAAUAAUAUCGUACAGUCUGCUUUCCAGAAACGUCUGCAAGAACUUGAUGAUGCCAAAUUUAGACAUGAAAGCCAUUUGAAGAAGGUAUGUCAAGAAAUUUCUGAUGAAGAGAAAAAUAUUGAAGGUCUGCUGAAGGCUAUCAGAGACAAGGAAGAUCCUCUAAAAGUUGCUCAAACCCGCCUUGAUGCAAGGUCUCGCCGUCCAGGAGUUGAGCUGUGUAGAGAUGGCAUCCAAAUUGGAUUAAUCCAAGAAGUUGAUGAAAUUAACACUUCCAUUACAACCCUGAAAAAGAAACUGAUGGAAGCUCAGAAUUCUCUCAAGAACCUGCAAGACACAAGGAUGUGUUUAGAGAAAGAAAUUUCAAACAAGAUAAAUUCCAUUUUUAUCGACAGGCAGAAAUGCCUUCCAAUGCGAGAACGCUACCCUACAGUGCUGCGUUUACAGGGUUAUCAAUAACUAGUUCAGCACUCUUGUGUGAUUUGUCAAUGGGUUGCCCGGUACACACACACACACACACACACAUACACACACACACAUACACACACAUACACACACACACAUACACACACACACACACACACACACACACACACACACACACACAGGUGCAUAUAUCAACACAUAUUUCUAUAUGCUUCAUAAUACUCAGAAUUCAACAUGUAAACACACACAAUUUCACAUCUUUUCUCUCUCUCUCUCUUUACACACACACACACACACAUAUACUAUAAAAAACAAGCAAAGAAGGGGUUUUUAUGAGGAUACAACACAACCGAUAUUAAUUGCUAUACAUUAU